GGAACCCUUCGCGCACCCAGCACACAGCGCUGCUGCCGCUGGACGCCUCCAUUGUUUGACCAUAACAAGGGCCGGAUUCUCACCCAGUUCCCAGGGGAUGCUGGUGCCGAUGCGGUUGCCCCAGGGACCACCCUUUGAGAGCUGCCGACUUACAUGAAGAACUGGAGCAUGAAGUCAGAGCAUGUGCUCGGGGAACUGGCCUUCAGAGAUGUGCUGAUCACAUUCAAAAAUGCUACGAAUCUGGGAUGACGAGUCUGAUGAAUGAGGAAAUAUUUUUGGCGGAGCGUGACAAGAUGAAUCGUACACGGAUCAAACCACAUCUCCGAAAACCAGAAGGACUAGAAGUAGAAGAUGUGAAUUUAUAACAGCAUGUGUGGAAAAGACAGAACUCAGUUGACCUUGCGCUCACUGUGCUGUAACUCUCCAUGUCCUGCCAAUCUUUCCAGUGAUGUUGACCAUUGAGGAACUCUGGGGAACUCUACAGAUCUGAUUAAAUGAACUGCCACCACCUCCCCAGGGCCUUCAAUACCAUCUGGAGCGGGGAGAAACAGAAGCUUUCACAGUACCAGCUUUCAGUCGAUGGGCGGCCCCCGGGCCUGCCUCAGUGGAUCUGAAAAGGUUGAAAUUAAUGCAAAAAAUUCCAGGCGAGCAAAAUAUCAACAUUUUAAAUAAAGUCAAGAUAACCCUUCAUCGAUGCAGCCUUGCCCCACACGCCUGCCCCUAACUCCCCACCGGCCCUUGGAGGGUGGGCUGCCUGAUUCACUGCCCUGCGGUAAGAAGUCGGCGGUUCUUGUCAAAGACUCCUCUCCAGAGCAGCCCAGCAGUGGAGACAGUUGAAGCCAGCUCCCUUCCAUGGGCUUGAGUGGGUCCGGAGAGCGCAGCCCUCGCCCCGCCGCCGCCCGCCCCGGGCCCCGGAGCGCGGUGGAGGAGCCCCCCCGAGGGCCUGCGCCCCGCGCUCGCUAGACAUGGUGGGCCACCUGCAUCUGCAAGGCAUGGAGGAGAGCCUCAAGGAGAAGAGCCGGGAGGGCUUGCUGGACAGCCCCGACUCCGGGCUGCCCCCCAGCCCCAGCCCCAGCCCGCCCUUCUACUCCCUGGCGCCUGGCAUCCUCGACGCCCGCGCGGGGGGCGCCGGCGCUUCCUCGGAGCCCCCGGGACCCAGCGAGGCCAGGGCGCCCCCUUCCGGCCCCCCGAGCACCCCGGCGCGUGAGAUGAGGCCCCGGAUACUGCCUGUGUUCUUUGGGGAGAGCAUUGAGGUGAACCCAGAACCUACACACGAGAUCCGCUGCAACUCAGAGGUCAAGUAUGCCUCGGAGAAGCACUUCCAGGACAAGGUCGUCUUCGCGCCGGUGCCCACGGUCACGGCCUACAGCGAGACGAUCGUGGCGGCGCCCAACUGCACGUGGCGCAGCUACCGCAGCCAGCUGACCCUGGAGCCGCGGCCCCGCGCCCUGCGCUUCCGCAGCACCACCAUCAUCUUCCCCAAGCUGGCCCGCCGCUCCUUCCGCACCACCCUGCACCUGAGCCUGGGCCGGCCCCGCCGCUGGUUCACGGCCAGCGUGCAGCUGCAGCUGCGCCCGGCGCCCGGCCUCCUGCGCCCCGCGGCGCUCUGACCCCGGGCGCCCGGGGGAUGGACUCCGCCACCGCGGAGGGCGGCCGGGAUGCCCGCCCAGCCGGGCGGCAGGGGCCUGGCUGUCCCAGGGGCUGGGGCGCACGUGAGUGGGCCCUGAAGAGAAGGCUGCCCCUGAAGCGGGGGACACCCUGAGCACUGGCAGGACGGAGGUGACCCAGCUUUGGUUGUCCCUGGAGAGGGCUGCUUCCAGACACACGUGUGCAGCUUGACCCCCCCCCCCCAGAGCCCUAGCCCAGCAACCUCUGGUGAAUGGUGGGCCAGGAGGCUGAGACAGCCCCGCACCCAUGCCAGGGCUGCUGGUGGUGGGUGGGGAGGGUGCAGCCUGGACGAGACCUGCCUGAGCUGUCCCAGGGCCUGAGCCUCCGUGUGGAAGACGGAGGGCCCUGCCCGUCUGCACUGAGGCCUUUGAGCUCUGUGUCCAGAGCCUCCUCCCCAGGGCAUCCUGCUAACCUCUGUCCAUUGACGCCUUCAGGACAGGACUCUGGAAUGUCAGAGACCUUGAGCCAGGUGCCAAGGGGAGGCUUUGAGAGCUCAGAAGAUGACCACCGCCACCUGCCUGAGGCUCCCGGCCAGCUGCAGCUUCAAGAGAUGCCAUGGGGUCCAGCUGCCCUCGCUCAGGCCCCUGGUUGCUCCAGUGCUGCAGGGCUCACCUCACAAAUGUGAAGGUGCGAGAGACCUGUGUCCCCAGGGGUGAACCAGGAUGUGCGGGGACCGGGGGCCAUGGCCUGGGGCUGCCAGGGACAAAUGCCCCAGAAGUCCUCGAUGUGGCUCCAGAAAUGCUUCUCAGACCUGAGUGGCCCCAGCGGGGUAGGAGGGUGCCCCCCACCCCCGGCAGCACCCCCCAGGCUGAGGCAAAGGCUGUGGCUUUGGCUCCCUUGUGGGGGGAGGAGGGGGCUCAGGAGAGGAGAGUGACUAUUUUUAUCUCUACCCAGACUGCGUGUUCUCUCCACAGAGAUGCUUUCUGAUUAACAAAGAAAUAAUUUAAGAAUUGAUUAUCUUAAUAAAAUGUGCAAACCCAAA